UAAUUAAAAAAGGCACAACACUGAAGCAAGCCGGUCCGGAUCUUAAAAUCGCGAAAAGAGGAAAGGAGGAAGGAAGAAGAAACAGAGCAUGUAAAAAAGCUUCACACUUUCUCGUAAAAAUGGCGACUUUUCAGCCUCUCUUCUUCUUCCUCCUUCUCCUCCUCCUCUUUCUUCCCUCCGCAACUUCCCUCACCGUCUCGUCCCUAGUGAACCCUAACCCCUUCAACCCCCCUCAUCCUUACUCCGAUCACUGCAACCACAUAGUCCCCGAGUCUCCCACCGACCCUUCCCCCUCCGCCUCCUUCAGCCCCGCCUCCCUCGCCUUCGACGUCAGCUUCUUCUCCGGCGGCGACUCCUUCUUCAAUAGCCGAACCUCCGACGUCAAAUCCGCUACCUUUCGACCCAAAUCGAUCCGCAAAGCUCUCGGAGACAUCGGAAUCUACCGAGUCGAGGCCAGAUUGACUUUACAGAUCUCCAGAGCCUCCGCUUCCCACGGCGGCGGACAGAAGCUUCAGGUGACGCAGAUCGACGGCCGCAGGAUCCCGGUGAGCUUCAUGGGCGGACAAAGUUUCGAACUUUACGGGUUCUGGUCGGAACGUACGGGACGAGUCUGUCUGGUCGGAUCGGCUCAGGUUUUAUCCGCGUCUGGGAGUUAUUAUAAGCCCUUCGACGCUCGGCUCGUGCUUAGCUACUCCAACGAGUCUAACAUCUACGGGAGUCUUGUGAAGGGAGCGUUGGAGAGCGUGAGUAACCAGAGCGGUUUCGAAACGGUGUCGAUUCUCGGCGCGAGGAACACUCCUUUGAACUACGAGUACAAGUUGCUAGAGCGAUCGAGAUCGGAGUGUGGGGCCAACAGUGAAGAGAGUUUGUCGGGGGAGAGUGUUGUGGGAGGUUUGUGUAAGGUGUUCGAAGGUAGAAGUCAUAUGUACAGAACCGACGAUUGUGGGAGUAACCACCGUAGUUGUGGUGUGGAGUACGUGUCUCUCUUGUCGUUGCUUUGUGAUGGUGAGAAGAUGCGAGUGGUUUUGUCGUUGAGUAACGCUAGCAGCGUCGGGAGGUUGUUUUCGUUUGAUCCGAGGAGUGCUUUGGUUGCGGAGGGAGCUUGGGAUGUAGAGAGGAACAGGUUCUGUGGUGCUGCGUGCAGGAUCUUGAAUUUCACUGAUUCUCUGAGUGAUGCUGUGAUCGGUGACUGUUCGCUGAGGUUGAGUUUGAGGUUUCCAGCUUCCUUGUCGAUUAAAAGCAUGGCUCCAGUAGUUGGGGAGCUUUGGAGGAGUAAUAAUAAAACAAGAAUCGAGUUCAAGAGCGUAAACGAACCGUUGUGGCGUUUCUCUGGUCUGAGGUAUGAGUAUACAGAGAGGGAGAGAGUGAGUAAGCUGUGCGAGAGCCGGUCCAAAAGCAAAGGGAAGAAGCAUUACCCUGACGCUCAGACUUCAGACAUGAGGUUCGUCAUGUCGGUGAGAUACUCUGGAGGAGGAGGAGGAGGAGAGAAUGUGUUGAGAUCUGCUCGUGCAAGCCCUUACUUCGUUGGAGAUAGACUGUACCGUGAUCUCUUGGUUCGUGGGCAAGGUGCUGCUGGGGUAAUAAGUGGAAUCCCUGUGAAUGUUGUCACCAAAAGCUUCACCAACAUCACUUACAAGAUCCGUUUCUUGAAUCCUGUGUCUGAAUCUCGUGGAGAUAUCUACGCAGAGGGAACGUAUGAUAGGGACACAGGUGAGUUAUGUAUGGUUGGAUGUCAAUCGGUUAAGCUAAUAAACAGCACUGUGGAGGAUUGCAGUCUCGCGAUCAGGUUCAAGUUCUCUCCGGUUGAUUCGAGAAGCGAUGACCGGUUAAAAGGAACCAUCGAGAGCACACGGGAGAAGACGGAUCCGCUUUACGUUGGACGAAUGGAGGUUGUGUCUAGGUCCAUCUACGUUCAUCAAGCUAAAGAGUCUGUUUGGAGAAUGGAUUUGGAGAUUGCUAUGGUUUUAAUAUCCAACACACUGUCUUGUCUCUUCGUGGGGUUGCAGCUCUACCAUAUGAACAAACACCAAGAAACGCUUCCUUUCAUCUCCGUGACGAUGCUGACGCUUCUCGUCCUCGGUCACAUGAUUCCUCUUCUGCUGAACUUCGAAGAGCUCUUCAAAAGCGGUAAUAACCAGGAGAGCUUGUUCUUCGAGAACGACAGGUGGCUUGAAGCCAAGGAGAUCGUGGUGAGGAUAGUGACGAUGAUUGCUUUCUUACUCGAGUGUCGUCUUCUCCAGCUAGCUUGGAGCGCUAGAAGAACACCGGAGCAGCAGCAGCACCGUGACAACGUGUGGAACGCAGAGAAGAUGGUGUCUUACGUGUGUUUGCCUCUCUACAUCAUCGGUGGAUUGAUAGCUUGGUUGGUGAACCGUAACAGAACUCCUAAAAGAGUGGUGUACAUAGGGAAGCCGCGGUCGUCACGGAACCUCUUGUACCGUCCCUUGACGUUAAAACGCUCUUUCCAGCGUCCUUCUCUGUGGAAAGAUCUGAAGUCUUACGGAGGUUUGAUGCUUGACGCCUUCCUUCUCCCUCAGAUACUCUUCAACGGGUUCAGCAACUCGGAUGCAAAGUCUCUUGCCGCUUCGUUUUACGUUGGACACAGCUUCGUUCGGUUGCUUCCUCAUGCUUAUGAUCUCUACAGAAGUCACAGCUACGGGAAGAUACUCGACUGGUCGUUCAUCUAUGCAAGCCACAAAGUGGACUACUACUCCACGGCAUGGGAUGUCAUUAUCCUCUGCGUCGGUUUCCUUUUCGCUGUUUUGGUUUUCUUGCAGCAGAGAUUUGGUGGUCGUUGUUUUAUCCCUAAGAGGUGGUUCACAGAGGAUGUGAGAUAUGAGAAAGUUGUAGAGUUACAGCAAACUGGUGAGCUACACAAGUCCAAUGAUUUUUCUUGAUAAUAUACAGGCAGAUACACAGUUUUUGUCUUUUUAUUGUUUUGUUGGUUGUAAUGUGUGUCCAACUUUUUUCUUUUGGUGGGGAACAGAUUGUUACAGAGUGAAUAUAAACUUGCAAUAAGCAUGUAACCAGAUUGCUGAAGCUAACUUUGCUUAUAGUUUGAUUUAA